AUGAGACGUUUGGAACGUGAGUAUGAUGAUUUACAAGAAAUAGGACACGGUGGUUUUGGUAUUGUUUUUCGAGCUCGAUGUAUUGCCAAAGAUAAACCGUGGUAUGAUACAGAUGUCGCAGUGAAAAAGAUUGAUAUCAAGAGAGCACCAAGUUUUCGCGUAAAAUUGGAAUUGCAAGCUUUAUCUAAGUUGAUUCAUGACAAUAUUGUCAAAUUCUAUGAUGCAUUUCAAGAAAAUGGUGCACAGUAUAUCAUUAUGGAAUAUUGCAAGUAUCGGUCACUUCGAGAAUAUGUCAGAACAAAUGGAAAAAUGUCAGAUUUUUCAGCAGCAUACGUACUGAGACAGCUAGUAAGCGCAGUGAAGUAUAUACAUGAACAAAAUAUGAUUCAUCGUGAUCUCUCUGCAGGAAAUGUUCUUAUUUCGUCAGUAAGAGAAGACAAGUUGUUUAUUAAACUUGCUGAUUUUGGACUUGCAACAAAUUUUCGAAAAGGAGAUGUCGCGAAAACAAUGCUCGGUACUCCUGGAUACAUUGCACCGCAGGUGUAUAAUCGGCAUUAUAAUCAGAAAGCAGACGUUUAUUCUUUGGGUGGUAUAUUAUAUUUGAUGCUGACCGGAGAAGAUCCACCUCGAAAUCGCGAAAUUAAUCCAUUCAAGGAUGAUAUUUCUUUAGAAGGUGCAACGCUCAUUCAAAGUAUGAUGGAUCCACAUGAAGAGAGGCGCAUUGGUCUUGGAGAUAUAUCAAUGAGUGACUUCAUGAGAAAAGUUGAUGGGCUAAGUCUUCCAAUGAGCAGGUCUCGUGAUCUGUCGCGCGAAAAAACGCCGUAUCGAAAUAGUAACAACACUCACCAUUCCCCAGUAGCCAGGACUCAUUCAAAUCGUCCACCAGUGAAUGGAUACAAAUACAUUACUAAUGAUUCCGCAUUUGAAAGUGGUGAAAGCGCUCGUCCUUAUCAUGGAAGAUCUUCUUCGGAUCGCUAUCGUAACGGACCACCUCGUGUAAUGGACUGUCGUCAUAGUAAUUAUAACAAUAAUCAAUGCAUUAAAAUUCAUUAUAGGAUAAGCAAUGUAAGUGAACCUAAUAAUGUGGGAGCAACAGUAAGGGAUAUUAUUCCUCAUUAUGCGAGUCCUAAGAACAUAAAAGAAAAUCUGGAUGAUAACACAAAUAAACUAUCUUCUGCACUUACUUGGCCAAUUAAUGUGUCGCGUCUAGGACUUUCAGUGAUCGUACGCAAAACAGGGAGAUUUAUAUUCAAUGAAAAUGGAACUAUCGUUUAUGAGGCAACUGUUCGACAUCGAAGCCAAUCAGUUAGUCGAAAUUCUAACCUGAGUGAUGAAUCACUGAUAAAAUGGAUUGCCAUUAUUGAUAGGGCAGUUAAUGGCACACAAGUUUUUUCAACUUAUCAACCGGCUUGUAAAUGUGUGAUUCCAAAUAAAGAUAUGCCGUUGCUUCCAUGUAAUCCAACAACUUGCCGUACUUAUUCCAGUAAAGAACAACUGCUGCGCACAAAAGAUAAAGUGGACGAUAUUGCGCUAGCUUUGUACAGAAAGAUUCUCGAUGAAGUCAGUUUAGCUGGAGCACGUGUAGUGAAAAUAAUGUUCAAGCCAUCAUCUAAUACUACUGCUAGAUUGAUGGAAAAUGGCGAUUUUCGAGUUAAAUUCCAAGAUGGACGCUUAGCAUUGUUAAAAAAAAAUGCAAACUCCAUUUCUGUUACAUCAAGCGAUAAAGCACCAGAAGUUCUUUCAAGUGGUGCGAUAUUUUUCUUAAUAGAUUUUUUUCUGCCCUUGUAUUUUUCAGGAGAAAAGCGCAUGUUUGAAUGCGCUCAUACAGAUGCGCUUUUGUUAGAAACAUUUCUGGAGAGCGUAUCAUUUCAGAUUGUCAAGCCAUUUCCAUUUCACUUCUCUAGCAGCAGGUUUUGUUCUAUUAUUUAUAGUCUUGUUUGUGUUGUUUACCCUCUUGCUGAAAGGAAUUUUUUUCCGCAGAGCUUGGCGGGUUUAACUAAUCAGCUUCCGUCAAAAAAUUACGGCUCUCUGGAUCAUUUACCAAAACAAUAUCGUGCACCACUACGUGAUCGAAAUAUUUCCUCAUUGCCAAAAGCAGAAAACGGGAUUCGAAUGCUCACGGAGGGUGAAUAUAUAUUGCGUGGUCAGCUGGAAAAUGGUGUGCAAAUUCCAACACGAAUAAUUUCAAAUGGAUUAAAAACCCCUCUAGAAUUACGAAUAUCAUCAACUGAUCCACGAAUUUUUGUUUUUAAGGAAGGCAGUGAAGAAAUGAGGUAA